AUGAAGCCUUCCACUCUCCUCCUCUCCAUCCUCCCUCUGGCUCUUGCGGCCCCUUUUGCGGCCCCAGAGCCCGAGGCUGAGAUCGAGGCUCGUCAAUUGUACGGCUCAUACGGCGACAAGAAGGGCGGCUACGGAAGCUACGGCAACUACGGGGCCCCAGUGCCUGCACCUGCACCUGCUCCCACCCCCACGACUACACCAGCACCAAAGCCUACUCCUACUCCAACACCAGUGCCUGUUCCGGCACCAGCACCCCCGAAAGCUGGAUAUGGCUCCUAUGGCGACAAGAACGGCGGCUACGGCAAGUAUGGCAGCUACGGCGCGUACAAGAAGGACCUGGGCGAUGUCCUGGCCGCGGCUGCUUACUACUUGGAGUAA